UCUUAAAAAAUGUUGCGUUAAAAUGCGUUGUAACUUGCGUUACUGAGAUUGUAACUGGUAUAAUACCGAAAUUGAAUUAGUAAUGCGUUAUAUUACUGCGUUACAGCAAAAAGGAAUACAUUACUGUAAUUGCGUUACUUUUGUAACGCGUUACUCCCAACACUGGUAGCAUCUAAAUACAACCAGCAACUGCUACUCAGAUUUGAUCUUUUAUGGCAAUGUGUUCACGCUACAGUGCUUUACUUAGUUAAAAUACUUUUAUUUUAGGUAUAUAAUAUAUGGUCUAUUGGUGAAGUAGCAUUGAUCACUUUGAGGGGGGGGGCAUUUUGUCCCAACCAGGGAUAAAAAUAAUUCAGCAGAGGCAGGGAUAUGUAGACCAGAAAAUGGCGUGUGCAUUUCUCCAUGGAUUGAGCGUUUUGAUACUGUAACAGUAUUAUAGCACCUCGAUCUGCUUUAUAAUUAUAAAAGACAUGGAAAGGUCACUUUUUACAAUAUGGGACCUUUAAAUGGUAAAUUAUAUUUUGCUGCUUUGCAACAAAGUGAAACCAUCGUUUUUGCGGUCAGAUUUUGAGUAGUAGUAGGCCUAUUGCAGAUUUAAGCUUUGAAUGGUAGUCAUCCAAUAUGGCCGCUAGGGGCGUCCCAUCCCCAGAACCAAACCAACUUCAUGCUGCGACAGUGACCAUCAAAGAGACAACACCCGAGGAGAACAAAACCUCGGCUCGGCCUGUCUGUGUAUCACCAUAGCAGCUGACCAGGAAAAUAAUUCAGCACAAUGUAAGGUUUUAGUAUUUGCAUAAGCACGCCAUGAUCGCAUGUGAAGGAGACGACGUUGUUUGCAAUUUGGUACAAGAUGAGCAGCGGCAGCAAACGAGAGAGGGAGCAGAGGAGGAAACUGCAGCGAUUUCUAAGUGACCUGGCCUUACUUGGAUCAUUACAGGGCUUUAAAUACUUCCAGCCUUGGCUAAGAGGGAAAGAGGAGUUGCUGUUGACAGUCGUUAAUGAGGAUCUGGGUUGGCGUUCCCCAGGGUUUGUGGUCUCCAGAGCCUCCUCCCUGUCGGACACCAGCAGCUGUAACAGCAGCGAUGUCUCCCCCAGCAGCAGCUCCCCCAGCCUGCACAGCCGGAGCAGCUCUCCUCUGCCCGGGGAGCGUCCAGGCCCAAAAGACCCUCCGUUGCACACACCCACCAAGACACAGCCACAGACCGUCAGGGACCCCAGCAGUGAGGAGCAUCUCCUCCCCGCCUCUCCCAGUGAAAGAGAGAUAGCCGUGCCUGAGGUGAAUUGCACUCUGUUUUUACUGGCUGGCUACGUCAAGUACGGACGCCCCUACGCCUGGAUACGCUCUAAUCACGAGCGCCUGGUCAACAUCGGAGGCACCGAUUCGAUGGUUAAGGACACGCCCAUGAAACUCAAGUCCAUCGCAGACUGGCAGACAGGAGGGAUCCGCGUGUGGGACAUCAUCAGUGAGCUGGUGUGUCUGUGCACCGUUCCGUCUCCCUCCAACCCCUUCGCCCUGGACAUGCGUUACAUCAAAAGUCUUCCCCUCCCUGACCGCUUCCUCGUCACAGGCGCUCUCCUCAACUUCCUGGAGAUGUAUGUGGUUUACAGAAACCGGGAUGAGUUGCACUAUGACAAAGUGGUCGAGGAGGUAAAGCCUCUGAGGCGUCUUCACGUCCAGUCCCUGCUGGAGUUACAGCGACACAGGGAGAGCUCGGGGUUGGCCGGUAGUCCCACAGUGCAGGACUCUUCUGGAGAGGAGUGACUUGAAUGGUUUGCAUUUGAUCCACUUUCACGGACUUCUUGUAAAAAAAAAAAAGAAAAUAGGUUUAAAUGUGUGAAAUGUCAUUAGAAUGACUGUAUUCAAAAAUUCUUUGUCUUGCUGCUUUCAUAUUGUAUACAGUACACACUGUACAAACCUAUUUCUUUUAAGGCUACACAGUAUAUUUACUAUAGUUGAACAGUGGUCACAUUUUGAAAAUGUGAAAACACUGGAGAAAUAACCCUGGGAAAUGACUCACAGGACUGAGAGUAAACAUCCCAGGACCUCUCUGAAUGUUCUUCCCUGCCACCCCCAAACUCUUUAAUCCUGCUCUCCCACAAACACUCUUCAGGCCAAAUAUAACAUUUUGACAAGUUGAGCGAAACAGAAUAAUUUAUCAGGGUCAAAGCUACAGAAGUUAAAGCUGGUUAAAUAUGUCUUCUUGAAAAUUAGAGCAGAAUGAAAAAGCGUGUAGACAAACAAGUGUUGUAUAAAAGGUUUUAAUAAUUUCAUAAAAUACAUAAAUAUGUACAAUAAAAUAAAGCAGGCACUUUAACCCCUUUUCUGAGAUUGGGGCUGCGCCGUUUGUAAUUACAAUA